AUGUUUUAUUCACAAUUUGUACUAGCAAUCGUUCUUCUGUCAACCCACUCUGUUUUGUCAGAAACGUUUAAAGAGAUUGCAGAUGCCUGUAAUAAAGAAAAUAGAUUUACUGGCGAUAUUGAAAAUAUGGAUUAUAAUGAUCCUGCCGUUCCACAAGCAGCCAAGUGCGCUGUGGCUUGCUUAUUGGAAAAAAAGGGAGUGUUUAAGCCAGAUGGCUCUAUCGAUAGAGAGAAGGAAAGAGCGAUACCAGAGGAAAUAAUCAAAGACGAAGAAUUGAAGAAGAAGUACAUGAAGGCAAUCGAUGAAUGCGAUACAUCUGCUAAAGCUAACAAUUGCGAGACAGCCUACGAAUUUGUAAAAUGCUUGAAUAACAAGGCUUUACCAAAAAAG